CUCAAAAAAAAUAAUGUGUUGAAUCAUUACUUUAUAUUUUACAUAGAUCGUAACACCAUUUUACACACAAAACAAUCUGCAGCUUCUUUUCAUGCCACUUAAAUCUAUAUCUAAUGUUCAAAGUUCAAACCCCUUUUUGGAUCUAACCCAUUUACUCGUUUGCAAUUGCACCAGGUGUGUGUGAGAGAGAGAUCUGACCUUGAUUCUUUCUUGUUGUACAAUGAAAACAAGAUUUCCGGAUAGAGUUGUACCUUCAGCUAUUGAGGUUGUACUCCAGUGAUCUAAUUAUAGGUAUGCGAUGCCAAGAAACUGUUGAGUUCUUCAGGUUUGAUUCGUUUAAAACAGUGAAAAGCAAGGUGUGUUGUACUUCUGACAGAAAAAGGCCCACAAUGAUGCGUUCUUCACAUGUAUGUUAUUAUCCCAUUUCUUCAUGUUCAUCAUGCUGAAUCAGGUUUCGAUCAUAAAAAAACCUUUUAUUCUUUUUUAAACUUGUGUCAGACUAAUUUUUUGCGUACUAGAAUCCAAGUUUCGUUCUUGAUCCCCAUUUCUGGUCAAAACUUUGUUCUUCUGAAGUUUGAUCACUAUUAAACGUGAGAAGAAGAACAUAUUCCUUGAAUGUGAUCGUGAUUUCUCAACAGGUAUUUUGUUUCGUCUUUCUCGAAACCCAGCGUGAUUUUCGAGAAGCUGUUGUUUGAGAUUUGAACAUGAAUGAAGAACAAGAAUCAGAACCAUUAUCGAAGAAGGUUUCUAGAGGCUUCUCAGCCGUGAACCUCACAAUCAAGAUAUCGACUUCAACACAUAACCCUAGAAAAGAAAUCUCGAUCAACGACAUUGUUUCUGCUUCAUCAAUCUCAUCAUCAUCUUCAUAUAGCUCUUCAUCUUCUUCAGCCUUUGUUUCAGCCCUACAGUCUCCUUACAUAUCUCCGAGAGCCACCGGAGAUGAUCCAUGUCAUCAUCUAGAAAACAAAAUAAUCGCUAAUCCAUCCACCAUUACUACAUUUACUCAAACUUCUACUCCAGAAUCCCAUUGUGGGUCUCACUCCGAUGACAUGCCCAGCACUUCCGACGACUUUUCCGAUUCCGCAAAGCUGAAAAUCGUCGACUGUGUCCCUGUAACAUGUCCCGACAAUAAUACUAAUAAUGCAACAGUGCCUCGUAUCUCAUUCUCAUUUCCAGUUACACGGAUUCCUUUUGCAAAAGGGUCAUCUAGUGCCAAAUUGAGGAGCUGUGAUAUUUACAUCGGAUAUCAUGGCCAAAACCCCAACCUGAUUAGAUUUUGCAAGUGGCUCAAAUCAGAGCUUGAACUUCAGGGCAUUGCUUGUUUUGUUGCAGACAGAGCAAAAUACGAAGAUUCUCAGAGCCACGAGAUUGCCGACAGGGUUAUUUGCUCUGUUACAUUUGGAAUUGUGGUCGUCACAAAGCACAGCCUUUUGAAUCAUCUCGCAUCUGAAGAAAUAAGGUAUUUUGCUCAAAAGAAGAAUCUAAUCCCAGUGUUCUUCGACACCAAUCUGAAUGAAGUCAGCAAUGUUCUUGGUCGGAAUUCAGAUGGUAAAGAUUGCAACGAAGCAAUUGAAUGGUUGAUGAAAUUCCAUGAGUUUAAACUAGAAGCAAAUGAGGGGAAUUGGAGAAGUUGUGUUUGUAGAUCAGUUGGGAUCUUAACAGGAAAGCUUGGGAGGAAGAGUACUGUUGCGGAAAAAGAAACUGAAAACAACGUCGAUGAAAUGCCAUUUCCCAAGAACAGAUUUUUCAUUGGUAGAGAAGAGGAAAUUGCAGAGAUUGAAACCACUCUUUUUGGAGAAACUGAAAUCGAAUUUGAUGGAAUUAGAGAUGGGAAGUUAAAAGAGCCAAAUUCAGAUGUUACGAUUGCACCAUUGAUUGGAAAACACUCGGUGAAAAGACCUAAACCUAAACAUAAGAAAACAAAGAGCUUCAGAAGUAGCGUGGUGUGCAUCAAUGGCGAACCUGGAAUGGGGAAAACAGAGGUGGCACUGGAAUUUGCUCACAGAUAUUCACGGAGAUACAAAUUGGUUAUCUGGGUAGGUGGGGAAUCUCAACAUUUAAGCCAAAAUCUACUGAAUUUGUCUUUACAUCUAGGGUUAGAUGUAAGUGCAGAUUCCGAGAAAGAAAGAGGGAGGAUCAGAAGCUUUGAUGAGCUAGAAACAGAAGCCUUCAAGAGGGUAAAACGGGAAUUGUUUCGUGAUAUCCCGUAUUUGUUAAUCAUCGAUAAUCUCGAAACAGAAAAAGAUUUACACAAUCUGAUACAAGGAAACACCGGGUCUUCCUCUUCCCAUGUGAUUAUAACAACAAGACUUGAAAAAGUAAUGAAAUUUGAACCAAUGCAACUUCAACCAUUGCCAUUAUCCGAUGCAAUGAUGUUAAUAAAAGGAAGACGAACGAAAGAAUACUCGUUUCAAGACGAUGAAAUUCUGAGGAAAUUUGAUGAGAAAUUGGGGAGGUCAAGUUUUGGGUUAUCCGUGAUUGGUUCUUUGCUAUCGGAAAUUACCAUUUCGCCCUUCGCCCUCUUUCAAGCCAUCGACCAGAUCCCUAAGGAAGCUACAUCUCAUUUUGACGAACCAUUUUGGGGAAACAAUCAGUUUCUUCUCAAAGUUUUAAUAUUUUGCGUUACAAUUUUGCAAGAAGCUAAAGGAAUUAAAAACCAUCUUGCCUUAAGGAUGCUUUUAACAGGAGCUUGGUUUUCCCCUUCACUCAUCUCACCAAAUUUACUAGCUGUUGCAUCAACCCACAUGACUCCAUGCACAAAAAACCGAUUCAAGAAAUGUGUCAAUUCUGGUAAUUUCACUCUUUUUUGUUCUUCGGGUUUCAUUAAGAGCUACACAUGGAAAAAAGAAGAAGAUUCAGCUCUUGUUUUAGUUAAAUUAGGCCUUGUUAGAAGAAGCAACAAUCAGUACUCUACUUCUUGUAUCAUGUUUCACCCCAUAACUCAAGUUUUUGGUAAGAAAAAAGGGGGUUUACUAGCAGCUAAAGCAAUGGUUUAUAGUAUAAGGAAGAUAGGAAACCCAAUGUUAAACUCAAACCACCUUUGGGCUUCUGUUUUCCUUGUAUUCGGAUUCAAAACCACACCACCCUUAGUCCAACUAAAGGCUCUUGACAUGGUUUAUUUUAUUAAAAAGAUAGCUCUCCCUUUAGCUUUAUGUGCAUUCACUACAUUCUCUAGAUGUAACUCGGCUUUAGAGCUAUUGAAAGUGUGCACAAAUGUUCUUGAAGAAGUUGAGAAAUCAUUCGAGUCUAAGAUAGAGGAUUGGUGUCGUGGAUCGUUGUGUUGGAAGAAGAAAAAGAAGACAAACAUGAACAUGAAGAUUGACGAGUAUGUAUGCCAAGAUGUGACACUGUUGAAGGCGACAUUGCUUGAAACGAGAGCUAAAUUGUUGUUGAGAGGUGGACAUUUUGAUUAUGGAGAAGAGCUUUGUAGGACAUGUAUCAGCAUACGGACUGUGAUGCUUGGCCAUAAUCAUGCUCAAACUUUGGCUGCUCAGGAAACAUUGUCUAAAUUAGUCAGAAUGAGGAGUAAAAUGUAAAAUAUGAAUGUAGAUCAACUUUUGUACAUUGAUCGGAAGUUUAGUAUUUCCUACAUGUAAUGUUAGAAAA